GACACAUAGACCGGCAAAAGCACGAAUUAUGUAAACCGGAAGUGCCCGAAUCAGAGAUGGAACGGUGCGUCGUUUUUUAGGGACCGUUUUCGCUGAAUUUCUCCGGAUGCCGGUUAUUUCCUUACGACUUUGAGGAAGAGGCUGGAGUGUUAUUGCUGGCUUCUAAAUGAAGUACGGUAGUUAGGCUGGAAUUUAGCUGGAAGGAGCGACGUUCAAAGGAAGCGCUGGAGAAAUAAAUGCCAUCUGUCAAAGCCCCCGGUGCUGAAGAGAAAAGGGAGAUCAUCUGUCUAAAAUAAGGCUUAAUCCAUAAUGAAGAAUUGAGGGUUCACGGUCAAAAACAGAAGCUGGACCCCGUUAAGUAAAAUCUGCUUAUGAAAUGAAUACCCUGUUGGGCAAGUCUCGCCCUGUGAGGAAUAUUUAAUAUAAAAAAAAUUAUGAUAUAUUCAACAGCUUUUGGUUUGCCUAUAUUAAUGAAAAGUGCCAGUAGAAUUCUUCCCUGCUGUUCUUCAUACUUGUGCCUAAGACUGACAGCUAUAAACUACUGUACAAUAAAUGGCAAAAUGAAAUCUAGAAGAAAAUCAUCAGAUCAUCUGGAGAGAACAGCAAAUGACUUUCGACAUGAGAUUAUUUCUAAAGCAAAAGUAUGUGGCAUCAGCAAUGAAUCUGAAACAGUUAAAAGACUUCGUUUGGCAGUGACAGAUAAGGAAUUUACUUUUAAGGCAGGACAAUGGGUAGACUUCUUUAUACCUGGAGUUUCUGUAGUUGGUGGAUUCUCAAUAUGUUCAAGUCCUGGUAUGUUGGAAGAAGAGGGAAUAUUAGAACUUGCAGUAAAACAUACAACACACCCACCUGCUCACUGGAUUCAUACUCAGUGUGCUCUUAAUUCAGAAGUGGCUUUGCGAGUUGGAGGCAACUUCUUUUAUGAUCCUCAGCCUGAAGACAUUCCAGCAAACGUUGUACUAAUAGCAGGUGGAGUAGGCAUUAAUCCUUUAUUUUCUAUACUGCUCCACAUCGCAGACCUUCACAGAACUGAAGAGAAGAAAGGAAACGGUUGUAAAGUGGGAACAACCAAACUCUUUUAUUGUGCAAAAAAUGCACAUGAACUUCUGUUCAGGAAACAGAUCCUUGGUUUGACAAAUGCAUUUCCUGGAAAAAUCACAUGCAGUUUCCACGUUACCAAGCAGAAUUUGCCAAUUUGUGAGAAACUUCUGCCUUACAUCAAGGAAGGAAGAUUAUCUGGAAGUGACCUAGAAAAAUGUAUUUCCAAGAAUACUUUGUGGUACAUUUGUGGACCACCUCCAAUGAUAGAAUCCAUCUCCAAGCUGCUUGAAAACCUUGGGGUGGUUCAGAGCAAUAUUUUCUUUGAAAAGUGGUGGUAGCACACCCAGCAGCAUUCCAGGCAAAAUAAAAAUGAAGACAUAAUAUAUGUAUGUUUGCUGAUGAACCAUGAAAGUUUACACAAAGUAAAAACAUUUCCAUUUGUGGAAAUAAAAUAAUUCAUAAUGAAAUUAUAAAAUUUAUUUUUAACAAACAAUUUGGAAAAACAAAUAGGAAACAUGUUAAAUUUGAACAUGUAUUGAGCAGUGACAAUUUCUAAAAAAAAUAUUUUCUUAAGUAUUUUAUUAACUUUGGUUUGUAAUACAUUAAUAUAUAAGUAAAUAUAUAUGUAAUAUUUCACUACAUACGGAUUAGAGAAGAAGAAUGACUUGAAAUCUACGCCAUAGUCUCAUAUGGGAAGGACAAGCUUAACAUAAAAGAAUGGAAUUCAUCUAUCCAUUUCCGGUCCAUCUUGUAUAUUCUAUUGAAGGCUGUUUGAAAAGUAAAAGAUGUUGCUUUUGAAGCUUCUUGUAUUUUCAGGAAAGAGAUUUGGCACAAGGUUAUUAGUGAAGUUCUGAAUGUACAUUUGAGUAAUUAGAUUGGAUCAAAAAUUAAUUGUGCUAUGAUAGAACCACUAAAAUCAAUGAAAUGAGAUAAGCAAGUCAUGAAUAAAUGAAGUACUGUUAAUUUCCAGUAGUUUACUCAAAACAUGAUGAAAUCUGGAUCCAGCUUAUUUCCAUAAUAUUAUCUCUUUUCUAUAAUACUAUCUCUUUUAAUUUUCAAAGUUAUGAAACUUCAUUUGAAAUAACAUUAUAGUCUGAUCUGUUUCUAGUCAAAAGCAGCAUACCACAUAUAGGGGAUCAAACUUGGAAUUAUUCUGCUAAAUCAUCAAAAUCAUUAAAAUGUACUAUCAUUAUAAACUUAAGUCCUUUACUUAGCUAAAAUACGUCUAAACAGUUUUAUUUGGAAGAAAAUCCUAUUGAUUUCAAUGGAAUUUACUUUGAAUUAUUAAAACUGGAUGUUUGGCACUUUCCCCCAUCUUUCCGGAAGCCACUUGGCUUGACUAGCAUAUAUUGAGGCAAUGUAGUCCAUUAUGAAGGGCUAAGGUCUGCGCUGCUACUGUGUUAGGGGCAAUUAGGAACUAUGGUAAUUAUGUAUGAGAUUUUGAGUUUAUCUAAAGGUAUUAAAUAAACUAAUAUUGUGGUUUGAUGGCAUAAGGUUUAAACAAACUUAAUUAUGCUGCUUUUCCUCACACUGGAAUGCUAUGUAUAGUGUUACUUGUCUGUACUAUAGGAAUUGCAAGGAAUUUAAGAGAAUCCAAAUACAAAACAAGAAAUUUGUGGUGAGAUUUCUGUUUAGUGCAGUGUGCUGUUAAUAUUUUCUCUUAUGAAAUUGUGUCUCACAAUAUUAGAUACCAAGUAGCUUAUAUUGUUUUGAAAGGGGCCUAGACUAAUUAAGGAAUUGUUUGUCUUCCAAACGUUAUGAUGAUUGUAUGGAGCCUCCAUUGAAGAGUGCAUUGAAUAUUAUUUCUAUAAAAGAGCAUCAUUACAGCCCCUUUGGGAAGCAAAAUUUGGAGAUUUGGUCUGAUUCAGAUGAAUAUUAUGUUUAUAUAAUUUGUAAUAAUAUUGAAAAUGUAUGUGGAACUGGUCUCAGCUAAAUCUUGGGAACAAUCUUACUAUUUGUUUAUUUGCUUGCCUGCAGAAUUUAUAGGCUGUUUUAAUGAACUACCCUAACUAAUGUUCAAACAUCCCUCCCCAAUAUAUAAUUUGGGCUAAAACAAAUAUUUUUGUCAAAUAUGAAUAGUCACAAAAUCUCACAAAACAUAACUUUGGGUAGCAGUAACUGUUUGUUACAGACCAAUCUGAUACUAUAAUAACAGCAGUCGGACCUUCACUAAAGGUACACGGAUAGGGCAUUGGGGUUGAGAUUAAGGAACUGAAUGUAAGACUGUUAUAAGACAACGGUUCUAUGGACCCUGACGGUGGCCCACUUAUUGUCCCCUGCCCAUUACUACCAUUAUAUUAUGGCCUGUCUAUUCCCCUAUAACAGUUUCAUUUCCCAAAUCAAGCCCGGCCAAGACCCAGGACCAGAAAGCCAAGUCUCCUCAUCAUACUUCUCUAUGGGGGUAAGCUAGCCAUUUUGAAGGGGUUUAGCUCCAAUAUUUCUGAGCACCAACACCACUCAAUCCUCUCUACUCCACACACUUCCACUCACACCCCCCAUGUUAAAGCACAUUCAGACACCUAACUAGAUAUAGCCUCUCUCCUCCACUACUAGCAAUAGGAGACCUCCCCUCAUUAAUCUCUCCCCAAUUCCCCAAUUUCCUCCUUCCCAGCUCUCACCCAGAGGAGAAAUUAAUCAUUCAGGCACUCAGUAUAGGUUGAGCCAUGUUGUCCCUUCCCUUCCCUCCCCUCUCUCUCCUCCCUCCCCUCACUGCCUCCUUCCUUCCUUCCUUCCUUCCUUCCUUCCUUCCUCCCUCCCUCCCUCCCUCCCUUCCGAUUUCCUCUCUCUUUCCCUACCCUACCCUUAUUGCUACCAGGGAGCAGGCCAGGUGAAAUACAUAUGAAUAUUAAAAUGAAAACCAAACAUUGUAAAGAACCAUAUGAAACAAUAUUUAUAUCACAAAAAUAGCCUUCAUUGUCUGGAAAAACGGCACAGCUGUCUUGUAUUAUUAUUUAAAAGACUUCUGUCCUAUUCAGUUGAUUGCUAAAAUUAAAGAGGAAUGUGCCCUCAUUGUUUGGUGGCUUUGCCUAAUAAAUAAAUUUUGGUUUCUCUCA